AAAUUAUUAAUGGGUCUAGAUGGGUAAUAAGAAAAUCAGAAUUAAAACAGACCAGGUCAGGAUGGGCCACUAAAAAAAAGAGAAUGGGUCAAGAUGGGCCAAUAUGAAAAUCAUCUACGCUCUCAUCUUUUCUAGUCUACUACCAGUACGCUCUCAAUUUCUACCCAAAUACUCCCUUAAUUCAACCUAUUAACAAUCUAUUCUACACUUCUUGAUCGAUUGAAUGGUAUGAAUUUCACUUUUGGUUGAUAUAUUUUCUGUAAAUUCACAACUUAAUCGACUGACAACGACCCUAAUCGCUGAUUGACAAACGUCGUCUUCCAAAGUCGUCUUCCAAAGUCCAAAUGUCGCAAUCGCUGCAUCCUGAUUCCUGAUUGACAACGACCCUAAUCGACUAAUCGGUCUUCCCUCUUCAGUUCCGUUUGAAUUUGAUCGAUCUUCAGAGUUCAGUCAAGUAGUGAACACUGUCUCCAUCUAUUAAAUUAAAUAUGUCGGGUAACGAUGAACACGAAGAUGAAGUUAGUUCAUUUAGUUCGGGCAAACAUUCUUCCGUGGUUUGGAGCUAUUUUGAUAAAUUACCAGUUGGACCCGGGGGAAUUCAGAAGGCCAGUUGUACGGGUUGUGGAAAAGUGUUUAGUGCCAAUUCGGGAACAUCUAAUAUGAAACGACAUCUUCCCAAGUGUUUUGAUCUUAAUGAACCCGGUCCACCAAAAAAGCGUGCCCCGUUAGAUCAAGAAAUGUAUAGGGAGAAAUUAGCAUACUCUAUCAUCAAGCACAACUACCCUUUCAGCUAUGUUGAACAUAAGGGAACAAGAGAUUUGCACAAGUUUUUACACCGCGAUGUGAAGCCCAUAACAAGAAACACUGCGAAGGCGGAUGUCCUCAAAAUAUAUGAUAGAGAGAAGACAAUUCUUAAAGAAAAAUUACAAAAAGUAAAUGGUAGAGUAUGUUUGACUACUGAUUUAUGGAGUUCUAUUACGACAGAUGGGUAUAUGGCUCUAACGGCUCACUACGUUGAUGAGAAUUGGGUUCUAAGAAAAAAGGUCUUGAACUUUAAAGUUAUACCACCUCCGCAUAGUGGUAAAAUUUUAGCAGAGUACAUGAUUAACUUUUUAGCAGAUUGGGGCAUUCAGAAAAAAGUUUUUACGAUCACAUUAGACAAUGCUAAAUAUAAUGAUGUUUUGGUAAAUUGUUUAAGCAGUCACUUGCGUUUGAAUAAUGUGUUAGUUUGUGAUGGGGAUUUUACUCAUGUACGUUGUUCUGCACAUGUGUUAAACCUUAUUGUUCAAGAGGGCUUGAAGGUAAUUGAAGGAGCUAUUGAGAAGGUGCGAGAGUCGGUGAAGUUUGUUAGAGGAAGUGGUGCAAGAAAGUAUAAGUUUGCAGAAUGUAUACACCACCUUUCAUUACAAUGCGGGAAAUAUGUGCGUCAAGAUAUUGUAACUAGAUGGAAUUCUGCAUAUCUUAUGCUCGAUAGUGCGUUGGCUUAUCGUAAAGCUUAUGCUCGGUUAGCACUAGUUGAUUCUAGUUAUAAGAGUUUUCCAACAGAAAAAGAAUGGGCAAGGGUGGAAACAAUCACAGAAUUAUUGAAGCCUUUCUAUAACAUCACAACUUUGUUUUCUGGUAGCUCUUAUCCUACUUCCAACCUAUAUUUUCAUAACGUGUGGAGAAUUCAGAUGCGUAUUGAAGACGCUAUCAACAACACUGAUAAUGUGAUAAGUGGCAUGGCAAAAGAAAUGAAAAAGAAGUUUGAUAAAUAUUGGGAAAAUUAUAGCAUGGUGUUGUCUUUUGCAGUUGUUCUAGAUCCGCGAUAUAAGUUUAAGGUUGUUGAAUUUUGUUUUAAAAAACUUAAUAUGGAGGACAAAGUGCGCAAAGAGAAAUUGGACAUUAUUUUCAACGGUAUGCAUAAGCUAUAUGAUAAGGAGUAUGGUAUCUUUUCAACGACAAGUUCUUCAACUGUCAAGAGUUCAAAUACUAGUGUCAGCACAAGAGACGACUUGGAUGGAUUGGAGUCAUUUACAAGCGAAUUUAAAAAGGUUGAGAACGAAAAAUCACAAUUAGACAUGUAUUUGGAGGAGCCUGAACUUAAUAGGAGAGAAGAACUUGACGUCUUACAAUAUUGGAAGGAUAAUCAAGGUAGAUAUCCUCAAUUGUCUCUCAUGGCUCGUGAUAUAUUGAGCAUCCCAAUCACUACUGUUGCUUCAGAGUCAUCUUUUAGUAUCGGGGGACGGGUUCUAAGUAAAUACCGAACUUCACUGCUUUCAUCAAGUGUCGAGGCUUUGUUAUGUGCUCGUGAUUGGUUGUUCGAUUUAGAAGAGGAAGAUGAGGAUGAUACAGAGGAUGGACUUGCAGAAGAUAUUGAAGCAUUGUAUCCAACGUAUCAAAGUAGCCAAGUUUAGGGGUCGUGGGACUACGUAGCUUGAUGGUGAGGUUGAAUGGACCGACUUAUGUUAUGAUGAUUUUGGAGAUUUGUGUUUAUGUUUUGGUUAUAUUGUAUAUUCGUGGUUCCUUAUGUUUUGUAUGCGAUGAUUUUAGAGAUAUUAACGCUUGGUUAAGAUUAACGAACAUAGUGAUUGUGUCGGAAACUUGAGCGAGAAAGAUUUGGGAUUGCCUUUGAAUCUAAAUCUUUGACAUAUGAUUUUAGUGCUUUCAUGGCUGUUUUUUCGUAUGAUUUUAUUGCUUGGAGUUGCUGAAAUUAUUAGGAUACCAAGCACAUCUUCACUUCCUUCGGGUGAUGGUGAAAUGCCAAACGGUAUUCGGCCAAUGAAAAUUCAGAGACCUUGUACUCCUCUCAUUGAUGCAGUUGCUGCUCAUGAC